AUGUUUAGACGCGAGAAGGAGGACGGUGUGGAGGAUAUCACGGGUAAUAUCAGCCAAUUGGGGCUGAACGGGACGUUGUCGCCGGCUACUGGCAAUACUCCGUUCAAGAAGUACGCGCCAUCGACCCCUACGCAGUACAAGGAGAACCGGAGUGGUGCCUCACCUUACAGCACUUCGCCGACUAAGAGUAUAUUCAAGAAAGAGAAGCCCCGUGAGCGGAUCAUAAAUUCACCAAAGAAGUUGCCACGUGAUUUCCAUAGGAAAGCUACUUCCAACAAGACGCAGAGGCUAGUUAGUGUGUGCCAGAUGUACUUUCUAGACUACUACUGUGACAUGUUUGACUAUGUUAUCAGCAGAAGACAGAGAACGAAGCAAAUGAUAUCGAAUAUUCAGGAGUACAAGCAAAACCAUACGAUACCUGACGAGCAAUUGAAUGAGGAAUGGAAUAACUAUUUGCAAAAGGAGCAUGAAGUGUUGCGGAAGAGGAGGUUAAAGCCCAAGAACAAAGAUUUUGAGAUGAUAACACAAGUCGGACAAGGUGGCUAUGGUCAGGUUUACCUGGCUAGGAAAAGGGACACGAAGGAAGUUUGUGCUUUGAAGAUAUUAAAUAAAAAACUACUGGUGAAACUGAAUGAGACUAACCACAUCUUGACCGAGAGGGAUAUAUUGACUACAACAAGGUCAGAGUGGUUGGUGAAACUACUUUACGCUUUCCAGGAUCCAGAGAGUUUAUACCUGGCGAUGGAGUUUGUGCCUGGUGGUGAUUUCAGAACGUUGUUGAUCAACACAAGAACAUUACGUAGUCCACAUGCCAGAUUUUACAUAAGUGAAAUGUUUUGUGCUGUGAAUGCACUUCAUGAGUUAGGUUAUACACAUAGAGAUUUGAAGCCAGAGAAUUUUUUAAUCGACGCAGAAGGUCACAUAAAACUAACCGAUUUUGGUCUUGCUGCAGGUACAGUCUCCAAUGAAAGAAUUGAAAGUAUGAAGAUAAGGUUAGAAGAGGUUAAGAAUCUUGAAUUUCCGGCAUUCACUGAAAAGUCGAUUGAAGAUCGAAGAAAAAUUUACCAAAAUUUGAGGCAAAAUGAUAUAAACUAUGCCAACUCCAUGGUAGGGUCUCCUGAUUAUAUGGCUCUGGAAGUAUUGGAAGGCAAAAAGUAUGACUAUACGGUCGAUUACUGGUCCCUAGGCUGUAUGCUAUUUGAAGCAUUAAUAGGUUACACGCCAUUCAGUGGAUCUUCUACCAAUGAGACAUAUGAAAAUUUAAGACAUUGGAAGCGUACUCUUAGAAGACCAUUCUUAAAUGAUGGUAGAUCAGCUAUAUCAGAUCGUGCGUGGGAACUGAUAACCAGACUGAUUGCUGAUCCAAUCAACAGGCUAAGAUCCUUUGAACAUGUCAAAAGAAUGAAUUAUUUCCAUGAGAUAAAUUUUGAUACUUUAAGACAAUUGUCACCACCUUUCACCCCACAAUUGGAUAACGAAACUGAUGCAGGCUACUUUGAUGACUUCACAAAUGAAGCUGACAUGGCUAAAUAUGCCGAUGUCUUUAAGAGACAGGAUAAACUAGCUGCCAUGGUCGAUGAUUCUGAGGUGGAUUCAAAAUUGAUUGGCUUCACUUUCAGGCAUAAGAAUGGGAACACUGGAUCUAGUGGGGUUCUAUACAAAGGGCAUGAAAACGCAAAUCCAUUUUCAACGUUUUAUUGA